GGAAGUGCAUCGGUUGGUCUAGUCACCAGUGUUUUGUGCAGGGACUAGGAGAGCCAGGGAGGCUGUGCCAGGCUGGAGGAAGCUUGUCUUUCCAAGGCUGGAGAGGAUUUCACUGGGGUUCGCCUGCCGCUGCCCGGGAAGAAAUUCCCCUCUGGUGGCAGCAGCCGCAGCAGCAGGAGCAGCAGGAGCAGCAGCGGCGGCGGCGGCGGCGGCGGCGUCGGCGGCCCUACCUCCUCUUCUGGGAAACAGGGCAGAAUGCCUGUGCUAGAGCGGUACUUCCACUCCGCAGAGCUAGGCAGGAGGUGGACGGCCCCAGAAGGUGUGCUGCCCUCCUCCCUCGGCAGCAGGCCGGGGUGCCAGCAGGGGCCGCUACCCUGGGACUUGCCAGAGAUGAUCAGGAUGGUAAAGCUGGUUUGGAAGUCCAAAAGUGAGCUGCAGGCAACCAAACAGAGAAGCAUUCUGGAAAACGAAGAUGCUCUCCACAGUUUCCCAGGAGAUGUACGACUAAGGGGUCAGACCGGGGUUCCUGCCGAACGCCGCGGCUCCUACCCAUUCAUUGACUUCCGCCUACUUAACAAUACAACACACUCAGGGGAAAUUGGCACCAAGAAAAAGGUGAAAAGACUGUUAAGUUUCCAAAGAUACUUCCAUGCAUCAAGGCUGCUUCGUGGAAUUAUACCACAAGCUCCCCUCCACCUGCUGGAUGAAGACUACCUUGGACAAGCAAGGCAUAUGCUCUCCAAAGUGGGAAUGUGGGACUUUGACAUUUUCUUGUUUGAUCGCUUGACAAAUGGAAACAGCCUGGUAACACUGCUGUGCCACCUCUUUAAUACCCAUGGACUCAUCCACCAUUUCAAGUUGGAUAUGGUGACCUUACACAGGUUUUUAGUUAUGGUUCAGGAAGAUUACCACGGCCAAAACCCAUAUCACAAUGCUGUUCAUGCGGCUGAUGUCACCCAGGCCAUGCACUGCUACCUGAAAGAGCCAAAGUUGGCCAGCUUCCUCACCCCUCUGGACAUCAUGCUGGGACUACUGGCUGCAGCAGCUCAUGAUGUUGACCACCCAGGGGUGAACCAACCAUUUUUGAUUAAAACCAACCACCACCUUGCCAACCUGUAUCAGAAUAUGUCUGUGCUGGAGAAUCACCACUGGCGAUCUACAAUUGGCAUGCUUCGAGAAUCAAGGCUUCUUGCUCACUUGCCAAAGGAAAUGACACAGGAUAUUGAACAGCAGCUGGGUUCCCUGAUUUUAGCCACAGACAUCAACAGACAGAAUGAAUUUCUGACCCGAUUGAAAGCUCACCUCCACAAUAAAGACUUGAGACUGGAGGAUGUACAAGACAGACAUUUUAUGCUUCAGAUUGCCCUGAAGUGUGCUGACAUUUGCAAUCCUUGUCGAAUCUGGGAGAUGAGCAAGCAAUGGAGUGAGAGGGUCUGUGAAGAAUUCUACAGACAAGGUGACCUUGAACAAAAAUUUGAACUGGAAAUCAGUCCUCUUUGUAAUCAACAGAAAGAUUCAAUACCCAGUAUACAAAUUGGUUUCAUGACCUACAUAGUGGAGCCGCUCUUCCGGGAAUGGGCCCAUUUCACUGGAAACAGCUCCCUGUCUGAGAACAUGCUAAGGCAUCUUGCACACAACAAAGCUCAGUGGAAGAGCCUGUUGUCCAAGCAGCACAGACGCAGGGGCAGCGGCGGCCUGGACCUAGCAGGCCCAGGGACUGAGACCGUGGAGCAGACAGAAGGCGCCACACCCUAGGGUCACCUGGGGUAAGGCCUCCUAGGGGGCCCUUGCCACAAACCCAGCACACCUGGGCUUUGAAUGCCACCCACCUGCCUCCCCUUCGUUUUUCCAAGUGUACAGAAGCCAUCUGUCACCUCAGCAUUAGCUGCCAAAAUGAGCAACUCCAUCCAGUAAGUGGAGCUGAUUUUGGGGCCAGCUGCCCCCACCAAGAAGACCGAGGAGUAAGAAAGAGGUGCUUCUGCCAUGUCCCCCCUCUGGCCCUGGGUCGCACUGUGACUGGCAGCAAGCUCCUAAGUCCAGAGCAUUUCAGGGGUCACCAUCUAACUGCUGAUUGCAUGACAACACCAGCAUAUCUGGAACUCCAAGGAAGCUGGUCUUAAGUGCCAGGGCACAAAAGAGCAUGAGAGAAAGGACCUUCUAUUUUAAUAAUAAUUAUUAUAAAAUAAUAAUAAAUCUUUUUAACUUUUAUAUUUCAUGCACUAGACAAUGGAUCUAAAACUUUGGACUAAGAUUACUCAAUGUACCCAAACUUGAACAAGGGUUCAUUGUUUUGCUAUUGACUUUAUGCCACUUUGGGUCAGAGAUUUGGCAUCUUCUCAAUUUAAGAAAACACGUUUCCCGACCCAUCCAGGGGAAGGUGCUGUACAGUUCAUUCCUUUGCACCAUUAGCCAAUCUGUCUUUUAUGGAUUCAAUGACCUGUUUAUAUUCACACAUGUACAUUUUUUUGUAAAUACCAAGCGCUACUGAUUCCCAUGCCAAAAUACAUGAGUAUUAUGGGAUUGCUACCUGUAUAAACAAUGGCACUGUGAACAGAAUACUGUUAGUUUUAAUACAAGAGAAUGCAUUUGUAAAUAUGGUAUAGAGUUUAUUAAUAUACUGUUGUUUGCAGAUAAAGGCCUUAACUUUGAACGUCUUUCAUCUUCUGAAAGCUGCCCAACUUAAAUCGUUACCAAUGUCUUUCUGAACUGCCUGCCCUCAAUGACCAUCUUUAUGCUUUCCAGCUAAGGUCACAAGCCAAAACUGAGUAAAAGCUUAGAGGAAACAUUUUUGGAAACUUCAUGUGCAUUCCUCUUGAGACCAUAGUUUUUAGUCUAUGGCACCAAGUAUCGUUUCCUCAGAUUAAUGAUAGCCUUCAGCAAGCCUGAAGUCACUUUUCAACACCGCAGUGUUGCACACUCUGUUUUAACAAGCCAGCUGAUAAGGUUGUGUUUAUGUGAUUCUUGUUAUGGAACAUGCGGUGCAUCAGCCUCACAGGAGACAUAGUGGGUCUCAAAGGCCUUCUAUGACCCUGUCAUCCAAACCAUCAGGGAAUUCCCUGCUCCCAUACCACAUUUGUCUGUUAUGGCUACAGUACCAAAGUACCUUUGGUCGAUGGUUAGGGUAUAUUUCUUUGGUGUUACCAGUAACUGGAUAUUUCUUUUUCCAUAGUUUCAUGUGAACGACUAUCCAACUGCUUAGCUGAAGUUACCAUUAUUUAAAUCAAGAAGCUAUUUCAGUUUUAUAAGACUUAGCCUUCCCCACAGGUCACUGUGCUUCAUUAUGACUAUAACUAGCAUAGUCAACUUGGAAUUUUGUUGCUGUUUUUUCUGCAGACACUUGGCUGUAAAAUCUAAUGUCUUAUAGCAGUCUUCCCCACUCCGCAAAAUUCUGUGCAUUGAACCUUCCCUUUAAAAGUUCUAGUAGACUAAUGUUAGAUGAAAACUGUUGCUGCCUCUUUCCCUUUACCUUAGCAUUUCUGCCAUGAUCACACUGCUUCUUGGGCUGACAGAAUGAGACAGCAAGCUUUCAUUCCUAAGUGCAGCUGGUUUGGUUCUUCAUUUUUCUCCUAAUAAUUCAAGCAAAAUGUUAGAAACUUGACUGGCCUGUAAUAUGUUCCUACAGAGAGAUUGGGGCUUGCAGACUUAAGGUUUUGAAGGAAAUUGGAAAGUUGAUUAUAUUUUCAUUCAAGUGGGUGCGAUUGUCAGAUGGUACUAAAGAAAGUGUGAAGAUUUUAUGAAAUGGGUGGAUGUUAAGUUGAAAUUACUGAUGUUAAGUUGAAAUUACUGAUAUGGGUAAGAAGGGAAGUUGUAGAAACUUAACACUAAUUUUUGUUUUCUGUAGCAACUGUGAACUGACAUGUUUCUUUAUUGCUAUUGUAUUCUGAAGCUUACAGGUUGGCAAGGCCUCAAAAGAGAAAACAGUGUAUGGAUUCCUGCUUCAAAACCUCUCUUACUUUGGUUUGAUGAUGUAAUGAGGGCUUCUGAGUAGUCUAUUUUUAUGCAUAUGAAAUCAAAUCAAGGAAAGCAAUUGCUUGGGAUGAUAACAUGUAGAUAGGAAAGAAGACAGUUUUUAGCCAAUGAAACCUCUACCUUGACUUUAGGAAGUGACAUUUGUUUAAAUUUUAAUUAUAAUGUAAUUUAAUCAAAUAAGAUAGUAGGCAUUUUUGGCAGUUCCAAGUUUAUAGAGCAAAAACUGUUAAUGGUAUAGUUAGAUCUUAAAGAAAAGUUCACAGACAAAACUACCAAACAUCCUGUGGUAGCCUACUGGAAUAAUAAAAUUAGAAGUAAAAUGGAGCAUGGUGCAUAAACGAGAUGCAUCUAUCUCUUUCAACUCUCUGGAGACCUCUUGGGUUCCUCAUUUGUUGGCAAAAAAAAAAAAAAUUAAAAGACUGUGAAAAUUAUUUUUUUUGCCUGCUAGUGGCUCUCUUAGGAUAAUUUAAUACAAGGAGUCCAAUUAAUAGUUGAGACAUGGCUCUUGGUUCAUUCAUGUAUAAAUCUUUGAAGUCUUAAUCUGCUAACCCAUGGAUCAUCAAUUGUUGACUUACCAAGCUUAAUUCCUUCAUUAGAAUGAAAGGACUUAGAAAGAAAGACUCAAAGGGCUAUUUUUGGUAAGCUAAACUCAAAAUCACAGAGAGGGAGAGAGGUGAGACUAGGAAUCGGAGUAUUUCACCAUCAGGCCUCAUAAGCAGAGCCUAUUUUCUUUGCAAUAGCCCAAUAACUAGUCAGAUCUGAUACAUGAAACCCUGACAACCUAUAGUUCCUGCUAUGUUAAGUAAAAACUGGCUGUUUCUCUCUGCUUACAGCUUCCCACAAAGGGCCUUGGAGCACAUCCUGCAACCCUGUCUUCAGAUAGUCCUUCCUAAAAUCACGAAGUUUGUUAUCUUUUCUUGUGUUGAAUCAGAUAUGCUCACUGACUUGGAUUUGGUUAUAAGCUUGUAUCUCACUGUGUUCCUCAAGCUUUGUUCUUUAAAGCAAGCCUUUAAUAUUGUGUCAUCUUGUGUAUACAUGUAAGGUUUGGAAAAAAAACUUGUGAGUUUUGCUCAAAAUGUGGCCUCAAUAUCUAUUGGCAUGUCUAUCUAGAUGAACAGUUAAAAAUAAAGAUAAUUUCUUUAAAAUAUCACAGUA